UAGGUCGUCACGGAGACCUAGGGGGUUGGGCGGAGAAGGGUGUUGGGCCUGGCGGGAGUGCUGAGGGUUCCUGGCGGCGGGGCUGCUCCCCUGGGCGGUGUCCGGGGAGCUGUUGGCCGAGUCACCCUGGCUUCCCGCCACCCUCUGAAAGGUGUCUGAGCGAGUGGGGUCCACUACCAAGACCCUUAGGCCGCACCAUGGGCUGCUGCUUCACUAAGAGGAGGAAGAGUGAAAAGGCUGAGGGAGAGGAGGAGCAGCCCAAGCUGUACAGCUGGGACCAGCGGGAGAAGGUGAUGUUUUGGGGAUCCCUUGCUUUGGGCCCUCCUCGGCUGCCCUUUGCAGCAGAUGAAAGCGGGCAGUUUGGCGGGUGGCCCACAACUGGCUUUCACUGGCGCGCACAGGCAGCUGAAGUCGCACGACUUUGGGGGCGGGAUGUGAAGGGCCCAAAGGAGGCAUAGAGUUAGUGGUCAGCCUAACUAGACUCCCAGGGCCUCUCUGUAGGCUCUGCACCCCGACUCCGGAUUCUAGAAAGGACUCCAGGGAGGGAAAGAGCCAGGAAGGUGCUGAAUCUCCAAUCAGCUCAUUUCACCAGCGUUGGCCAAAGGGGUUUGGUCCAGUGGUCGAAUUACACACGCAAGACUGGUUCUCAUCUUUUCUGCGGUUGAUCCAAAAGAUUACAUGUUUAGUGGACUGAAGGAUGAAACAGUAGGUCGCUUACCUGGAAAAGUGGCAGGACAACAAUUUGUCAUUCAAGACUGUGAGAACUGUAACAUCUAUAUUUUUGACCACUCAGCUACUAUUACCAUUGAUGACUGCACUAACUGUGUAAUUUUUUUGGGACCAGUGAAAGGCAGUGUCUUUUUCCGAAAUUGUAGAGAUUGCAAGUGCACAUUGGCUUGCCAGCAAUUUCGUGUGAGAGACUGUAGAAAGUUGGAAGUCUUUUUGUGCUGUGCUACUCAACCCAUUAUUGAAUCUUCCACAAACAUCAAGUUUGGCUGUUUUCAAUGGUACUACCCUGAAUUAGCAGCCCAAUUCAAAGAUGCAGGCCUCAGUAUCUUCAAUAACAUUUGGAGUCAUGUUCAUGAUUUUACACCUGUGUCAGGAGAGCUCAACUGGAGCCUUCUUCCAGAAAAUGCCGUGGUUCAAGACUAUGUUCCUAUCCCAAUGACUGAAGAAUUCAAAGCUGUGCGAAUUUCCACAGAAGCCAAUAGAAGCAUUGUUCCUGUGUCCCGGGGUCAGAGACAGAAGUACAGUGAUGAAUCAUGUCUUGUGGUAUUAUUUGCCGAUGAUUAUACAACUGCAAAUGCCAGGAAACUAAUUGAUGAGAUGGUUGGUAAAGGCUUCUCCCUAGUGCAGACAAAGGAAAUGUCAAUGAAAACUGAAGACGCCCAAAGGGUUUUCCAGGAAAAGGCAUCAGAUUUUUUACUUCUUCUAAACAAAGGUCCUGUGAUUGCCUUGGAAUUUAAUGGAGAUGACGCUGUACAAGAAUGUCACCUUAUUGUAAAUGGGAUGUUCAACGGGACAAAGAUGUUUGUAUCAGAAAAGAAGGAGACCGCAUCUGGAGAUGUUGAUAGCUUCUAUAACUUUGCUGAGAUCCAGAUGGGGAUAUGAAGCGGAUUGUGGUAUUAAGCCCCUUCCAUCCUUUAUAUACAGACAGUUUGAUAAUAUCCUUACAUAUGUUAGUCAUUUAGCAAUUAGUAAUUUUUACUAAUGCUAUAAUUGUUAAAAGCUAUUUUUAAAUAACUCUUUGAAUACCAUAUUAUUUACUUGAGUAUCUAAAAUAAUUCAUUUAAAUUGAGUAGUUUUAAUCAUAAACUAUUUAACUUGCUUCAGUAAGCUUGCAGUUUUAUUUCUUUUCAUACAAUAGUCUUAUUAGGAAAUAAUCAUGAUUUUAUUCCUAAUUAAAAGUUCUUUCAUAUCUCUGGUAAUUUAAACUUUCCAACUUACCUUAGUGCUCUAUGAUAAUUCAUUUAAGAAUAUAUUUUGUUUCUUAUUUUCUCUUUUAAUUUAGAGGCAUUUGUUACUAGGUGAAAUUAAAUAAACCUAUGCACUUUAAAAAAAUACAUACAUAGCCAGUUAAAUAAUCAUUUCCUUCUUGCAUUAUAUGACUAAUGAGAUUUUGUACAUGGAGUUGACAUACUAUUUUGUAAAUUGGGAGAUUUUUUUAAAAUGGGUAUUUGAAAGCUGAAUGUGGUCAUGGCAUAUGUAGUCCCAGGCUACUUGGGAUGCCUAAGUGGAAGAAUCACUUGAGUUCAGGAGUUCAAGAACAGCUUUGGCAAGUAAGAAAAGGCUAAGAUAACCAGCUUUGCAAAUACUUCUAACUGAUCCUGGCAUUGCUGGUUUAAGGACUACUUCCAAGUAGUACAGCUGAUUUCUAAGCACAACUGCCAGAUGAUUCUCCUGUUUUCUAAUAAGAAAAAGUUAGAUACAACAUAAAACUAUAGAACACCAAUGACCAAGCAGGGCGUGGUGGCACACGCCUUUAAUGCCAGCACUGGGGAGGCAGAGGCAGGCUGAUUUCUGAGUUUGAGGCCAGCCUGGUCUACAGAGUGAGUUCCAGGACAGCCAGGGCUAUACAGAGAAACCCUGUCUCGAAAAACAAAACAAAACAAAAGAACACCAAUGAGCAACAGAUUUGACAGAGGUGAUCAGUGUCUGUGACUAGCUAUUGUGACUAGCAAGAGACCUAGAGCAAAUCUUAUAAGUAAGGAAUCUUUUAAGUAAGGAACACUUAGGUAUGAUGAUAAUCUAGACAGGUUAUUCAAAAUCUCCAUCCAUUUUUUUUUUUUGCUCAUGUCAACUAGUGUUAAAGUAUGAUAAAAGUUUUGGUUACUUGAAAUCAUUAUUUCUCAAUUCUAUUUGAUAAUAGUAACUUCCAGGAGGAGGAAUGGGAAUUGUUCAGAAAUACACAUUGAUGGAUCCAGUCUAAAGGUGCACAGAUUCAGUUUUCAAGGGAAACUGAAAUAGGGUGUAUUGUUAUCUAAACUAAUCAGUUCUGAAAGUGCUGAUAGGGCGAUUUUAUCAUAUUUGGCAGGGAGCAAGAACAGCUUUCAUAGGCUCAUUUAUAGGACUCAAAAUGGAAACUUUUAUUUUUAUAAAACUGAGAUUGAAAAUGGCCACUUGUAAAAAUUCCUUCCAUGGUUGUUACCAAAAGUGUAUUUUCCUGUUUAAAGUGGUUUUGGAAACUUUCAGGCCAACUUAUAACUAUCAUGUUGAAUUGUAAAUGUGUAGAAAUAAUGCUUUUUUAUUUUGAAUUAAUAAUAUUGAGUACCUACACUGUGCCUAGCCUACCAUCAGCAUUUCAACAUUUCUUUUAUUAUAAGAGCAUCAUGUUCUACAGAGUCAAUAUGAUCUCAUAAGGUGCAAAUAAAAACUGCUGGCAGGGCAGGUAUAAUAAUUUCUAUCAUAGUUUACAAAUGGUCUUUGCAAAUAGUGAUCAGAGGCAUUAACGUUUCCCUGAGCUAAGCUAAAUUAAAUGCAUUCUUUUCUGCCUUGAUUAUAUUACUAAUUUUCUUUACCCACAUUUGAAAUAAUCUCAAUACUUGCUAUUUCAAAACUAAAAUGCAAUGUUAUAGGGGGUAUACAUUGAGUUUUUAAUCGUAUCAAUAAUGGUGUGUAAAAACUCAAGAAUAUUAUAUAAAGGAGACAUUAAUUUAAGAUUUUCCCACCAAAUUUAGUAUGUUAACCAAAACCUAAAACUUUAUAUCCAUUUAGAUGGGAACUUUUUACAAGUACUUUUAUGUUGUUUCUGCAAGUCUAGACUUCAAUAGUAAUCAUGAUAUACUAACUAUAUUUUAUUUCUGAAUAGUUUUUUAAAUUCAUGAAAAAUUAAUAGCCAUGAAAACUGAUUUUAUUGUCAUAUUUGUUUAAGCAUCUUAUUAGUUUACUUCUCUUGCAUUAAUAGUACUGCUAUAUUUUGGGUCUGUAUAUUUAUAUGUGGCAUUUAUAAAAUUAUCUAGUGUUUUAAAAAUACUUUGAAAUAAAUAUUAAAAUUAAAAUGGUUCAAUGCUACUUUUUUGAAGAGUACUCUAUAUUUACUCAUACUUGUACCAAAAUUUGAUAAAAUUUUUAUUUUCUUUUGGGUGUUUUGUUAUACAACUUUUAAUUUUAAAAACAAAAUAAAGUGGUCUAAUCUCUGUUUUAUACUAAUGAGAAAUGAACUGUUAAACUGCGUGUGUAUGUAUUUGAUGUAUAUAUGUGCAUGUGUAUAUACACAAGGUACUCUAAAGAAAUGAAAAGGAAGAAACAUAUUUUGAUAUAAGGAAUUUACAUCAUGUUUUCUUUGCUAAAAUAAGUCACAUUUUGUUAUGGGUGAAUAUUUGCUAAGAUUAGGCAUCUUUCCUUCCAUAUUUUAAAAAUAUGCUGGGUAUAGCAUAUACAAUUGUAAUUCUAGUACUCAGGAAUUCAAGGCCAGCCUAGGUUAUAUAUUGAAUUCCAGGCCAGUCUGGGCUAUAUAGCAAGAGCCUGCCUCAAAAAAUAAAGAAGUGUGAUAAAUUUUCAUUCAGGCUUAUAAAAGUAGAUGGUAUUUUUUAUUGUCAAGUUUACCAGUCUUUGUCCUCCUUUCCUAUCUCACAAAACAAAUACUGAAAGUGCAAAUUGGUUUGUUUGUAAAAAGAUAACAUUAUGUUUAUUUCUACUUAUAAAGGUUCAACAAGUACAUUAAGAACAUUUGGAGCAUUGAGAACAAGCAGAAAUGAUAACACAAUAAUAAAAUUGCUUCCUGUUGGAUAUUU